CAGAUCGGACGAAAACCGAUCAACCUGCUGGCCGGCCCAGUUGUCAAGCGGCUCUCUCGUUGAAUCCAUCCAUCAGGCCUCCCUAAAAACCCCGAUCAACUCCAGGUACUGCAUCACCGUCGGAUUCACCUCCGGCGCCGAGUUCUUCCAAACCACAAACCUGACUCCCUCAUUCCGUCUGCCGUGCAUCUGACCCAGCUCAAUUUUUCACAAGUUUUGUCUUGUCGGUGUUUAAUAGCCGGAUCAUAAGAUUUGAAGUUCGCAGUAUACACUAUCAGGCUUGUGCAAGAUGUCUUCAGCUCAAGAUCCAUUUUACAUUGUGAAGGACGAGAUUCAGGAAUCUGUGAGUUUGUUUUAAGGCAUUGUUUGUUUUGUGCUUUAUCAUGUUUGACUUGGUACAGUUUUCCAACAUACCCAAUGCUGUAUUCAUUUCCAUUUCCAUGAUAUGGUGUUCAAGGGUAACACAUAUGGAGUAGUUUAUAAAAUAAUGGUUUUUUUUUUGAAGUUUUAAACCUCCAAUUUGGUAGUUUUCCAUGGCGUAUAAUGUUAAGUUCCUAUUAUACAUAUACAAAUUUUGAUAAAUUCAUAUUAUAUGGUGGUCAUAUUCAUUUUCUGGAAUUUAUUUAGUAGUAAUGCUUUUCUUUAUUCAUACACAUGAAAAAAACAGUUAUUGCAACACCCUUAUGCAUAGAAAAGGGCAAUCGAGGUGUGUUGAUUUAUCAACCCAUACGUGUAUGGGUAUAGUGUGUCGUCAUCUUGCUUCUGGUGAGAUGUGAGUAUGCUAUCGGGCUUCAAGUGUGUUCUGUCAUCAUUUGAGAGUGAAGAGUAGCUUGUUUCAGGCGAGCUCUGUUUCACCAGAAAACUGAGUUCGUAUAAUUCAUCUCUGAUAGAAAAGUAAAAUCCUUCUUUAAUUUGAUUAUUUCUCAUUCUUAAAAUGUGUCUGGUUAGAUUGAAAAUUUGUUCAUGACAUUCCGUGAAUGGGAGCGCACUCUCCCAAGCAAUGGAAAUCACCUUCGUCUUGCAAAUGAGCUUUAUGCAACAUGUGAGAGCAUUAAAUGGCAGGUAGAUGAACUGGAGAGAGCUAUUGAUGCUGCAGCAAGUGAUCCUUCCUGGUAUAGAAUUGACGAGGCCGAACUUGAACAACGACGAAAGUGGACCAGUGAUGCUCAUGACAAGGUGGCCAAUGUGAAGAAGGCAUUAGUAAGUGCCGGAAAGGAAUCAAAUGGAACAAACUCAUCUAAUUUUGCUGGGAAGCGAAGAGAACUAAUGAGGAUGCCAGACUCCAGACAGGCUGGCAGAGCUGAGCAGUAUACUGUUAAUGAUAAUGAUGAUUACAUAUCAUCGGAAUCCGAUAAACAACUACUUCUCAUAAAGCAACAAGAUGAAGAGCUUGACGAGCUUAGUGCUAGCAUAGAAAGAAUUGGAGGUGUUGGGCUUACUAUUCACGAGGAACUUCUUGGACAGGAAAAGAUUAUUGAUGAUUUGGGUUCAGAAUUGGACAACACUUCGACGCGUCUUGAUUUCGUUCAGAAAAAGGUUGCGAUGGUAAUGAAGAAAGCGGGCGCGAAGGGGCAGAUUAUGAUGAUAUGUUUUCUGUUAGUGUUGUUUAUCGUUUUAUUUUCCCUCGUCUUCUUAACCUAGAAGCAAACUGCUCGAAUAUAUAUACCCUGUAUUGAAGAACUUCACAACCUCUAAAUUAGGCAAAGGUUUGAUUGGUGUACAUUGUAAUGUAAAUUGACCACUUGUGACUGUUUUACUGUUGCUUAUCACUCCAUACUCAAGUUGUAAGCGAUUAUGAUUCUUCUUCUUCUUCUUCUUCAAUGCUGGACUGGGCACAUUAGAACAAGAAAAAUGGGAUUUGGAU